AGACAGUGUCAGGUCCAGAGGAUCAGUAUUUCAGGCACCAGUAGACUCCAGCACCGGUAGACUCCAGCACCAGACGGUGUCAGGUCCAGAGGAUCAGUAUCUCCAGCACCAGUAGACUCCAGCACCAGUAGACUCCAGCACCAGACGGUGUCAGGUCCAGAGGAUCAGUAUCUCCAGCACCAGUAGACUCCAGGAUGUCUCCCUGCUCUCUCCUCCUAUCCGUGCUGUUGGCUGCAGCGCUGCAGUGUGAGCAUGCCCAGUGCAGACGUGUACUGUGCUCCGACCGCUGCUGCUCCUUCGUAGAGGGCUUCCCCGUCAGACUGAAGGAGCUCCGCACCGCCUUCUCCACCAUCAGAGACUACUACGAGGCUAAUGAUGAGCUGGAGACACCUCUUCUCGACAAGGGGAUUCUAGACCACAUCAAGAGUCCGGUGGGGUGUCAUACUAUGGACAGCAUCCUGAAGUUCUAUCUCCACACGGUGCUGCCCAGCGCCAUGAACAACAACAAUGGAACACACAACUUUAAAUCUCCCAUCGACUCCAUCGGAAACAUCUUCCACGAGCUGAAGAAGAAGAUUGUCCAAUGUAGGAACUACUUCUCCUGUAAGAAACCGUUUGACAUCAACAACUUAAUCUCCUCAUAUAAAAAGAUGCAGGAUAAGGGCUUUUAUAAGGCAAUGGGAGAGCUGGACCUGCUCUUCAACUACAUCGAGGAGUACCUGGUCUCUCAGAGACGCAAACACUGACCCCUGACCCCUAACCACUGCCUCAGCCAACCAGGACACACUGACCCUGAGCAUGGACCAACAAGAAUGAGUAACCUCAAACCUCUAAUAACCUCCAACCCCAAACCUAUAAACUGCAUGUUCAGUCCAGGAAGGAAUCUGUGUCUGUGUCUUUGCGGAAGUGUUUUUUCUAACUUUCCAUAGAAGUCUUUGCGUUAGUCUUUAAUCCUACUCUUUAGUCGUUCUCGAAGACCGACUCUCUAAAGUCCUGAAGACCUUCUGAGGACCUAAUAAUUAUAAUAUAUACCAUUGAUCAGAUGACUUUAUCCUAAUUCGUGUUCAGUACAGUACUGCCUUUAUACAUUUUGGUAUGGAUGGGCCCAGUGGGAAGUCAACCCGUGUUCAUGACCUUAUAAGCGCCAUGCUCUACCAACUAAGCCAGGAACUUCUCUCUAAAGUCCUGAAACACAUUUAGCUUCAGAUUCAUCAUCGUGUUUAUUAUUCAGUCAUGUUGACUAAAACUUUCUGCUGUAAAGUUUAAUUUGUAUUGCAUCAAUUUUCAUGAUUGACACUUUCUGGAAGUCCUUCUAUAGUGGACAUUGAACAAAAAUAUAAACGCAACGUGCAAGAAUUUCAAAGAUUUUACUGAGUUACAAUUCAUAGGGAAAUCAGUGUAAUAAAUUCAUUCGGCCCUAAUCUAUGGAUUUCACAUGACUGGGAAUACAGAUCUGUUGUGGCGUGGAUCAGAAAACCAGUCAGUAUCUGGUGUAACCACCAUUUGCCUCAAGCACAUCUCCUUUGCAUAGAUGUGAUCAGGCUGUUGAUUGUGGCCUGUGGAAUGUUUCCCCACUUCUCUUCAAUGGCUGUGCGAAGUUGCUGGGUAGGAAUUGGACUGGAACUCGCCGUCGUACACGUGGAAUCAGAGCAUCCCAAACAUCCUGAGUGACUAUGCAGGCCAUGGAAGAACUGGGCCAUUUUCAGGAAAUGUGUACAGAUCCUUGAGACAUGGGGCCGUGCAUCAUCAUGCUGAACCGUGAGGGGAAGGUGGCGGAUUAGUAGCAUGACUAUGGGCGUCAGGAUCUCGUCACGGUAUAAAAUUGCCAUUGAUCUAAAUGACAAAAUUGCACAUCCUUUUAUUGUCCCCAGCACAAGGUGCACCUGUGUAAUGAUCAUGCUGUUUAAUCAGAUUCUUGAUAUGCCACACCUGUCAGGUGGCUGAAUUAUCUUGGCCAAGGGGAAAUGCUCACUAACAGGAAUGUAAGCAAUAUUUGAGAGAAAGAAGCUUUCUGUGUGCACGGAACAUUGAUGGGAUCUUUUAUUUCAGCUCAUGAAACAUGGGACCAACACUUUACAUGUUGGGUUUUAUAUUUUUGUUUAGUAUAGUUUGGAUAUUAGCAUAAUGAUGUGAUGUUAUUCUAACCACAAUGUGAUAAGGAAUCACAUACUGAUGUGUAAUAAUGACCAUUAACCACAAUGUGGUAAGGAAUCAUAUACUGAUCUAUAAUAAUGACUAUUACGAAUGACCAUGUUUACAACAUAUUGCGACAUUUAAAAAUAUAUCCUAUUUUUAUUACCAAUGUCAGUACUGAUUUGAAAUAAAGUAGAAUUCUGCACCAUAAUGUAUUAAUGGGAUCAUGUUGAAAGCGUAUUUUGUUUUGUAAAAUAAUCAAUAACUCUUCAUGGUCUGUUUUUGACUAAUAAUUAGCUCCCCUGACAUUUUAAAUAGUUGUGCCUAAAUGUUUGUGAGGUAGAAUGUAUUUAUUUUAAAUCAGGUUUUAAGUGUUUUAGCUGUCAAUGUUUUGAUAUUUAUUUAUGAUUUUAACUGCAGUUUUAAAAUAAAUCUUCUACUUUGAAACCA